ACAUACUAAUCUCCCACAAAGGCAUCAAAACUAUCUUCAGCGACUGAGCGAGAGACCACCCAGAUAAGAAACUUAGGAAACAAUAAGACAUCUCAUAGUUGGACCAACCAACCACUCGAAGAAGAUGAAUUCUGGAGUUCUUACCUUGACUACGUUCUUAUGUUCAAGUUCCAGCUCCGUAUAUGAUUCUAAAAGACUCACUAACCUCCACAAUCGUUCUUAUGCAACACUCACAGUUCAGUGCUCCAAUUCUAACCCAGACAUGCCUCUAAUAACUGAGAAUUUUCAAAAUGAUGGCUAUAUGACUGGUGGUGCAUAUGAUUUUCAAAGAGCAACGACAUCGCUUACUAAUCAGUCAAUAUCAUCAUCUAAGAAAGUAACUCUUGUGAGGCAUGGCCUUAGCUCUUGGAAUGAAGAGGGUAGAGUUCAGGGAAGCUCAAACUUAUCUGUCCUAACAGAAACAGGAGUGAAACAAGCAGAGAGGUGCAGGAAAGCCUUGGCAAAGAUAUACUUUGAUCAGUGCUUUUCAAGUCCAAUAUCUCGUGCCAAGUCCACUGCUGAGGUUAUAUGGCACGGGAAGAAAGAACCGCUUGUUUUCCUUGAUUCGUUAAAGGAAGCCCAUUUAUUUUAUCUGGAAGGCAUGAAAAAUGUGAAUGCUAAGGACAGAUAUCCAAAGGAGUAUACAACAUGGAGAGAAGAUCCCUCUAAUUUCAAUGUGAAUGGCAUCUACCCAGUACGAAAACUAUGGGGAACAGCAAGAGAGGCUUGGAGGGAAAUAUUGUUGUCACCUGGAGAGAGUUUUUUGAUUGUCACUCACAAAUCAAUUUUGAGGGCACUGAUCUGUACAGCUUUAGGGCUACCACCAGAGAGGUUCCGAGCAAUAGAUGUGAAUAAUGGUGGGAUAUCUGUUUUUAACUUCAACAAAAGAGGAGAAGCUAUGCUUCAAUCCUUGAACAUGACAGCCCACAUGUAUAGCGAUCACUUCUAUCUUUACUGAAACUUGGUGAUAUGUCGCAUUCAUUGAUAAGAAAGAAGGAGCCAACCUUGCUGCCCAACGUCUAAGGAUACUCUAUGUAUCAGAUUCAGAGGACAAUAGACUCAAGAGUUGAAAAUGAGAAAAAACGUUUUUUAGUUCAGCAAUACACUGGUUAAUUCCAAUAAAAGGUCUCAACCUUGAAGUUGAGAAUCUUAAGACUCAAUUGUAUUUAUGGUAGAAUAACACUUGGAAUUUCAUGGCUGGAUUGUACAUUCAUGCAGCAUAUUACUCUCAAUAAUUACUCAAAUUACUAAGGGAUUUUUUUUUUGAA